AUGUUUUUUGUUAUCCAUGAUAACUUUAAGCUGAAGCUGACAAAAACACACAUACACACUCCAUUUUAUAAAAUAAGUCUUCUUUUGAAUAAAAAUACAUCAAUUCAUCAUCGUUUUGUUUAAAAAUUCAUCAAUGAUUCAUAAAAAAACUUUUUUUUCCAUACUGCUAAAACAUUGGUAAAUGGUAUUGCAGAGUAAGGACAUAAUUGUUAGAAACAUGGAUACUCCUAAACAUUUUGUUAAUAGUAUUUAAAAAAAAAAUAUUCAACUUUAAGUCACCAAGUAAAAUCUGUCAUAUUAAUAAUAUUGGUAAAAAAAGAAGGAUUGCACAAUGUUUUUUAAAAUUAUUUGGUUUUUAAUCGCCCUCGAGUGCAACCGGGUAUUUGGAAUAGGCCUUCGACCUAUGAUCCUAGAGGCACACAAUCGCAGAAGGGCCAAGUAUGGAAAUCAACCGCUGGUCCUGGACGACAAGCUCAGUCAGGAAUGUAAAACAUUCGCAGAGAAAUUAGUUAAGGAUGGAUUCGAAAGCGUUUGCGUAGAGGGCCAUUCAGAUGAAAACUUAGUAGGGGAGUGCGCCGAUAUCCAUUCGGUCUUGGACGGAGGUGGCCCUAUUGAUGGCAGAUAUACCCAAAACGUAUGCGUUUUUCGUGAUGCUUUUCCCAGGGCUUGUGUUCGAAAUUGGUUCCAUUAUCGAGGCUACCGUAAUAAUAAGAAAUAUUACAAAUUUACGGCUAUGAUAUGGAAUGCCUCCACUAGACUUGGCGUUGGUCUGGCGAGAGUAAAGGAUACGCGGUUCUUAGUGGUGAGGUAUGUUCCACCUGGAAACAUCUUUAAGGACAUGGAAUUCAAUGUGCCCAAACGACAAACUCAUUUUUGGGAUAAAGUAGAAGAAACAGUUGACGUUGACCAUAACCAUCAUGCAGUACGCACUACAACUCAUUCUAACUCUGGCUCCAGUGCAUUUGCUAAUUGGAUCUUUAAAACGUACAUUUUAACACAAAUAUAUUCGGCUGUUCAUCCUAUUUUUUCGUCCUUCCUAGGGAUUAUUUAAAGCAAACGCCAUUUUUAA